AUGAAUACUCUCUGGCGCCAUGCAUCAAGAAUAACAUGGUCAAUAGGGACGGGCCAUGGAGGAGUAAAGAAGAAAGUGACUUUCCCAACUGAACGCAAUAGAGUAGUUUGGGGAAUCCCAAGAAGGGGAAGGAAAAGAAAAGCAGAAGAAUGCAUAAAAAAAACAGUUAAAGUUAACCUUCAUUUAGACCGGAAAAAUGUUAGCACCACAAAUUUGAUAAGUUCUAUAGGGGAUAACAAAAAGUUGUUACUGUAUGCAUUAUGCCAAGCAUAUAAAAAAGGAGAAAAGAAAUUUGGAGGAAAUAAACUGGAUGAUCUGAUUCAAGCUUUAUGUGAAAAGUUAAUUACGAAAGAAGCGGGCCUACAGCUGAGGGAGAAAUUGCUCUACCUUAGUUGUGCCCCCUCGAAGAGCUACGCUGAGAAGAUUACCUUGACUAAAGGCGAUUUCAAGGAGAGACAGUUAUCCCCAGGGGGCAGAGGGGGUUCAGUCAUCCACGCCAAAGGAAGACAAAAGAUGCACAAGAAACUUACCGAAUGGAUAGAUCAUAAGAACGCAUUUAACUACUAUUGUGCAGUUUUAAAAAAAAGGAAAAACAACACCAUGGAUGAUGACGAAAUAGACGAAGAUAUAACAAACUUUUUUCUUAAUAAAUUAAACACAUCAUUAGUGAGUAGAAUUUCCAUGUACCUUAUGAAUGUUGCCUAUCUGAAUAGCAAAGUAACCAUUCGAACGAAUAGCUUGUACCUCCUAAUAUCUUUUAUGUUAAAGUAUAUAAAGCAUAAAACGAACAGACGCAUAUCUGUGGUGCGUCUAUGUAAGCACACGGAAUUGUUAACCGCAGUAAUGAAUGCAUCGAAGAUUAAAAUUGAUAAAAAUAAUAGGGAUGUGGAAAAAGAUAUUGACAUGGUAAAUAAAUUCAAAAUGAUGAACAGGAAUGAAUAUCCCCUAGACACAUCUUCCUUCGUGAACAUGUGUUGGGAUAUCAUAGGCACGCGAGGCAAUGCUGAACUUGCCUCUAUUUUGGGAAACAAUUUAUCUUACACCACUAGCCACUUUUACCACUAUUUUAAUAUAUACGAGUUUGAGUGUCAGAGGGAGGGAUGGGGUGGGGGGGGAAGGUCCUCCAAUGAAACGGUGAACAUGGGAGAAGUAGAUGUAGGUAAAGCGGAAGAAGUAUCACCCGGUGCGUCAACGCAAAGUGGAAAACUAAGCAACUUCUCCAGAGCAAAAGAAGAUGAUGAUGCGAUGACCCGGCAAAUCGUCUACAUGAUUUAUUUCAUAAACAACCAACUAGUUUCCUCACUAAACAAGUUGAUAAAAAAGUAUAAAAAUGGAAGUUCACGGAAAGAAAAUUCAAGUGAGCGCUUUCUACCUCACAUGGAAGGAGAAACGAUACGAAUAAUUACCAAUUACAUGUUCACAUGUCUACCGUACAACAUUUUCUGUAAGACUCUUUUUAACAAAUUGGAAGAACUCUUCAUUUGUAUAGGAGCAGUAGACAAAACCUUACCACAUUUUUUGUUGGAUCCAUCCACUCUGGUUCAGUUCAUGCACCUGAUGAGCAUACAAUACAAUGGUGUUCACGUGGAUGAAGGUGUCAAUUCAUUUCUGUGGAAAAAUUGCCUGACUGAAAUAUUCUCCAAUGAUUUCAAAUUAUUAAGUAAAAAGGAUAAAAUUCUACUUUACAUAAGUAUAUCUAAAUUUUUUUUUUUGAAGAAAAAGAAGACUUACUUGCUUAAAUUGAAUUCCAUUUUAUUUCCUGAGUUGGUAAAUUUUACUUAUCGAGAUUUGUACACUUUAGUCUAUUCCAUCAGCUGUUCCAAGUUCUGUGACUUGCCAUUUUUUGAGGCCCUCCUGAGGAAUAUUCACAAAUUGAAACAGAAGUAUUCUUCCCAGAAGUUGUGGACCAUUUUGUCGAUUUUUCAGCCGUUCGAUUUGAACAUGUCCAUCUUUAAUAUGCUCUUGAGUUAUGCCAACUCCAACGGCAAUGAACAGAAGAGCGAGAAGAAGGAAGAAGAAGAGUUAGAUGAGACUUUCGAGCAAUGCGCCACCAACAAAGAUGCUAAGAAGUUGGAAGAAGAUUUGGAGAACAAGGAGAGAAUCUUAAAGGAGUUAGCUGCACACAUUAGAGAGAAUCACAGCGGGGAUGACAGUUUCUCAUUUAACGAGUCAGAUAUGUUGGAGCUCCAUUCUGAGGAUAACGUUUUAAGGUGCGAGGGACCUGGUGAUGGAAGCCUCCUUCCCGAUAACGAGCCGAUAAAGCGAAACACGCAAACGAAGGAGAGUAAAAAAAAGGCGAAAAUGCGCACCAAAAAUACGCAAACCAAAUAG